AUGGACAACCACGACUUUGAUCCGUUUGAGGAUGUGCCGGACCACCUCAAAGUUUUGGGCCAAGGCUGGGCGGCCAAGUUUAACCCAGCCGUGCCGCGUAUCAUGGACCUGAGUCUCCGUCAUAUACUCAUGCCUAGUGUAUCCGAGGUAGUUUGCGUCAGAUUCUCGCCAGAUGGCGGUCUCGUUGCCGUUGGCAUCGAUUGCGGAGUUCAAAUCUUCAGAACAGAUACGCGACAAAUGUUUUGUGAGAUGAAGCACGGCCUGACCCAAUGGGGGCAGCCCGACUUGGUUCGCGCAGUCUGCUUCCUGGCAGGAGGCAACGUUUUGGCCGCUGCUGGUGAUGACGGAAAAGUCAGGCUGUGGGAUAUCAAUAGUCGCAGUAUUACCCACUCCUUUCUCGGGCAUGAGGCGACAGUUACUUCCCUGGAAUUAUCCAAGGACUCGAGGUUCCUUGUCUCGGGCUCUGAGGACAAGACGGUGCGCUGUUGGGAUAUCAACUCUGGUCAGGAGGUAGCAAAAGGCGUCCUAUCCCAUCGCGUCUUAUCGCUUUCACUCUCUCCGGAUGCAAAGAUUCUCGCUGCAGGAACUCUGCACGGAGCUGUGCUGCUAGAUGGGACUACCUGCGGCCUUGUCGGGGAAGUUGGAGACGGUGAUGCCCAUGACAAUACGGUGUAUUCUGUUGCGUUUUCUCCUGAUGGCAGCCGACUUGCCACUGCCGGUUCGGAUAAGAUGGUGCGCAUUUGGGACAUGUUGCCAUCUGGUGGCAAGCCUAGGUUGUUGCAUGCAAUAGAUGGGCACGAGGAUGAGGCCCUAUCGGUUUGUUGGGCAGAGAACGGCCGCUGGAUCAUAUCUGGUUCCAAGGACAGAAGCUUCUUGAUCUCAGACUCAGAGUCUGCCAAAGUCCAAGCGACCGUGUAUGGCCACAGCAACGUAGUCUUAUCAGUGACUUCUAUGCCUGCACAGUGUCUUUUUGCUACGGCAGGCUCUGACCUUGGACGUGUCAUGCUCUGGUCUUACAAGAUUCUCACUGAACCUUACAUGGCUCCUACAUCAGCCCCUCGAGCCAGCUUGAAACGGCCGGGAUCUGGCCUGCCGUUGCAUUACUUGCCGCCGUCGAAGAAGCACUUUCCCAUCUUUAUGGGAGACGAGGAACGUGACUGGUCUGCUGCCACCUUGCUUAUUCGUGAAGUUUGUAUGCUCAAAAUGAUUGAUCAACUGACUGAUAAGCCCGAGUGGUGGCUCAAAGUUCGUGAUCCCGAUAUUACGGCUAAAUGGAAGGCUGAGGCUUUGGAAAUGGAUUGGGCAGCCUAUCGGCAACAUGGUGAUUUUACAACUGCCAUGGCGGAUGCGUGCAUCGCCGAGAUGCAAAAGAAGGCCGAGUUGUAUGAGAAGACAGGUCUGGUUCCAGUCUUCGAUUACUCGGCCUGUGUUGUCAAGUCUGAUACUAUUGCGGCAGACUUGUUUGGAAAGCUCAAGGACGCUGUGAUGCCUUUGGAGAAUGUUCCCGAAGACCAGAAAGACUGGCACCCUGGCAGCGACGGCAAGGUUCUUGACCUUGUUCAUCCAUCUCUGUGGCCUUUGGUGUACGGACGCACGCGCAUUCUCACCGACAGGACCUGCAAUGUUCAGGAUUGCAUUAGCUCCUGCGGGCAAGGGAGUGUUCUAUCCAAGCCAACGAGCGCUGAACUGGUGAUGAAGCAGCGUUGGCCGUAUGACGAGGACGGGUUGUCGAUUCCGUCCUUGUCUCUCAACUUUCAGUGGCUGCCGUGUGAUGUAGUAAUUGAUACAGACGGACAUGCUACGAUUGACAGCUACAUCAACAAUCUGAACCCCUCUGAACAUGCCGAGCUGUACAGUAUCAUCGGCGGAUUCAUCGAACAAUCGCUUCCGGCGUGGGAUAUUGUCUACCGCUGGCCAGACGAAUUCAGUUUCCAACGAUUGAAAGCAGAAAUGGUUGGUCCGAACUGUACGACGCCCGACAAAUGCGAGUACGGAUGCUACCCGUCGAACAGGCCUCUCAAUGAAGGCGAGCGCCCUCGCGAAGACGAUGAUGAGUCUUCUCCUCCUUCUCCUUCCGCUUCUACCGUGGGCUCCGAGAACGAUCCUGUUCGCGAUCAAUUAGAUUCCGAGUGGUUUGACAGGACGCACAAGGUCAUCUUGCCAGAUGCCGUGCCCGAACAGAACCUGAAGCCCGAUCGAUUCUUUCACCUAACGCCGCAAGACGUCAGGUCGUCAAAAUUCUUCAAUGGCAAAUCUCGUAUACAGGUCAUUGUGAAGCUGGCCAACAUUCAUCUAACGCCAAAAAACCCCACCUACAACGGCGGCUCGUGGCAUAUCGAGGGACAGUUAAACGAGCACAUUUGCGCCACCGCUCUCUUCUACUACGAUAAUGAGAAUAUCACGGAAUCCCGUCUCGCUUUUCGAACAAGGUCAAACCGCGAAGAGCUUGAUACCGGCCUGGACUACCAGCAAUCCGAUUACAGGUCGAUAGCCCGGACCUUCGCCAUAGAUCCUACGCCGCCGCACGACAGUACCGUGCAAGACAUCGGAUCAGUGCUCACAAGAAGCGGCCGCGCCGUGUUCUUCCCCAAUCUCUACCAGCAUCAAGUCCAGCCGUUUUCCCUGGCUGAUCCAUCACGCCCUGGUCAUCGGAAGAUAUUGGCUUUAUUCCUGGUAGACCCGGCUAUCCCAAUCAUUUCUACGGCGCAGGUGCCCCCUCAACAGCCUCAUUGGAGGGCCGGUCAUGGAACACAACAGGGAUCGUCUUCAGAAGAUACGGCAACUGAUGUUGUAGAUUGGGCACAGGCUGUGCAAAUCCGGGCAGAGCUUAUGCAGGAACGAUCUGCUUUGCAGACCCAGACGAACCAAAACUAUGAGAAGGCUACUUUUAAUUUUUGUGAGCACUAG